AUGCCUCGCGCAGCAGGAUCGGGCAAGCGACAUACAGGUGGCGCCGGUCAUCGCGACACGAAGCACGAGAAUGGGCUCGUAGGCCCGGCGAAACGAACCACUGGCAGGAAGGGCCCCAAUCACUCCGAAGGCCCUGCGAGGCCCGCCGACAAUGGCGCCGGCCACGCAGGGCCGCAGCUUGUGACGCAGGGCGUGCCCAACGGCAGCUCCAAGGCCGGCAUCGACUUUGCCCACCACGAUCACCGCACCGCCGAUACCCGCAGGUCCUCUGUCGGCAACGAUUCUGAGACGUCCACCUCGGAGUCGUGCACCUCGCACAUGGCAUCUGGCGGCGCCGUCGAUGGCGGCCAUCGCCAGAUCGACGUCAACGCCAUGAAGAACACCGAUGUGCACCGCGACUCGAGCCCCCUCGACAUGGUGGCCACCGUCCUCAAGUCCCUGCCGAUGCAGGAUACGCUCGCCAUCCUCAUCAUCCUCAUGCAGCUCCCGACUCUUUCCCUCUCCAUCAUCUACGGCAUCUUCACCUGCUUGACCUUUGUUCCCACCGUCACCACAAGCUCGGGCAUCAACCUCAACUUUGCCGAAAUCUUUGAUGGCCACUCGACCAUGCCUUCCUUCGUCACCAUGUUUUGCAUGGAUUUCUUUUUCCUCCUCAUCUGGCUCUUUCUUUGGCAGCCAAUCCAAGAUGCUAUUCUGGAUCUUGCCAAGCCCAUCAUUGCCAUCACUCUCGGCGGCGGUGCUACUUAUCGGAAUGGCAGCUCGAGAGGGAUCACGACUUGUGCCGUCUGGAUUGCGGGUAACCAGUUCAUCCGUAGUACACGAAGCCAUUGGUCCCGCUUUGCCAGGCACAUCCCCGAAGACUGGCCUGUCCCUUCUGCCCUGAGAGGCACGCUCGAAUCCACAUCACUCAUGCACGAUAAGAGAAGUGCGUUUGCGUGGGUACGAAGCGGAUUGGCCAUUCAUAUCUUGACUCAGGGCUUGGUCAGAUACAUCCGAGAGUGGUACCUGAGAAGGGAAAAAGCCAGCGCGGCAGCUGGCCAGCAUGACCCCGAGGCUGGGAAAUCCGUCGCCACCAUCUCCAUCAAUGGCGAAGUUCCGCACGACACGGGCUUCAACACUCCGGACACGGAGGCCGGGUGUGCUCAGCUCCCACCUCCACCCCCUACCAAUAAGAAAAGAAGAAAGCAAGGUACGCAAGUCAGACUACAGCAGCCGCUCUGGGCGGCGCUGGCUAGCACCAAGAUUGUCGUAAUGAAAGAAUACGAAUCGUCUCACGUGUCCUCCAAAUCACUCGGCGUCAACACGACAGAUAUACACAAUCUCGGGAAUGCGCCUUUCAACACUCAGCCUAAACAGAUAUGGAUAUCGUAUAUUGGCUGCGACGAAGCAUGUUUUAACACUAGCAAUUUCCCCGACGUCGAGGACGUGCCGCUGCCCCUUACCACCCCCAAUGGACAGCCCAUCGCGCGACCCACUGGCGUCGACACGUCCAAACCUUUCUACGUCAAGGUCAAUAAUGCAUUUUGGCAGCCUACUCGUAUUUUUCCAGUUGUUGACGAAGACGACAGCGGCCGAGGAGGUGAAACUCGCUGGACGGGAGACAUUUAUGGUCUUCGGCCGUCGUCAAAGUACGUGUGUGAAUUUGUGGACACUAGGACUGACAAGGUCAUCUUCUCAACCAACAUCCGCACUGUGAAAGAGCCAGCACGCGAAAACGACGGUGCACCGGUUGCUGUGUCCGGCAACCAGCAAUCCCUCCAGCCCGAUUCUCCCGCCACCACCCUGCGUAUUUCCAUUGCGGCCGCUGAAGCCAAGCUCAACGACGAAAAAAAUCGCCUCAAGACUUGGCGCAAGGAGUGGAAGUCCAGAGUUAACGCCCUAAAGAAGGAGAAUGAGCUCCUUGACAACCAGAUAGGCUCAGCCGGUCACAACGACGACAAAUAUCGACAAAAAGUUCGACAGCAAGAGAUACAGAAAGCACAGGCCGAGCGUGAAACGGGAACCAUAGUCGAGCAGCUCAAGAAGUUUGACAGCUCCCCGGAACUGGCCGAGAAGAAGCAAGGGAUGGAACGGACCUACACUAAUGAGAAGAAGCUAUAUGAUGCAGCUCAGAAGAGUUUCCGCGAAUACAAGGCGAAGUUGGAGGGUGAAGUUCAUACCAAGGAAAACGAGAACAGCAACCUCAUCACCAAGCGUAACAAGAUCGCCACUCGCAUCGCCAAGCGGCGAAAGCGGGAGCGCGCCAACUGGCAGGAGCAGGUCAUCAACACGGAAAAGGCCUAUCAUGAUCAGCUCGGGCAGAUUUAUGCAACGAACAAUGCAAAGGUCGAGCACAUUCGCAGCCUCCAGAAUCAGAUACAAGGAAUUCAAAACUUCUUGAGUCAGGCUAGCAACAUGCCCGUGGAGAUGGCCCCUCUCGAUGCCGCCGCCGUGACUACGCAUCCUGCGUUUCAGUCGCCGCGGCCGCCACAGCAGCAGCUCCCCCCGCCUCAGGCCCAGCCGCAAACUCCCUGGCAUCCCAACCCGAUUGGUUAUCCGCCCAACAUGUUUGUGCCACUGCCAAAUGGCGAGAAUCACUCAACCUCUUCUCUCCCUUUCACUCUGCCUGGCAUCGCUGCAUGGCAGUCCCCGCCUAUGACCAAUUUCGAUAAUCGCGGCACCAAGUCGCGCGGUCGCAGUUCUAGCAUGCUCAGCGACGUCAGCGGUUUUACCCAGCCAAGCGAUGAGGAACCUCGGUCUCCCAUUGGCAUGGGAAUGAACAUGGCGCGACGGCCCAUGUAUACCAAGCGGUUUGGCGUUCAUGACAGCAGAGGGAGCACCGGUAGUGGCGGUAGUGGCGGUAGUGGCGGUAGUGGUAGUAUGGGUGACCCGUCGAGCCCG